AUGUCGUUCGCGGGAUCGUUGAUCAUAUCUGCUAUCAGUGGCGUAAUCUACAAGUAUGGAGGGCAGGAGUUCCAGGCGAUCGAGGAAGUGCCCAUGGGCCUCCGGGAGCUCACAGUGGGGUUCGUGCAGGACCGGAUCUUGCUCAUCACGAGUAGAGCGACAAACAUCGCGACCAACGCGACGCCGGACUUCUUCAGGGACCAGGCGUAUCGAUACCCGGUGCGCGCGCUCAUCCGAAGCUGCACGACGCGGCGAUAUUUCGUGGUGAAUAUCAGCAUAUUUGUGUUCUACUCGGCGAUAUACGUUGUGAUUACGGUGAUCUACUUCCUCACGAUCUUCCCGGUUUAUCUGGGUCUCUCAGUGAUUCUCGGGCCGGCGGGUAUCGUGAUGGCGUGGUUGCACAUGUUGCUCCACACCAACAACCUUGCGAUGAUGGUGCUCCGGAUGUCGCAGGUGUCGCGGUACACGUUGAAGAACGCGUUGAAGGUGAACGGGAACAUCGAGUUGUUGGAGAACCCGCCCGUACCGGUGAAGCUUUUCUACCCCCUAGAUACGCCGUACUUCUGGAUGAACCACUUUCCGUGGAAGAUGCUCGAGUACAUGGGCGGCGCGUUCACCAUGGUGGUGUUGUUGUUGGUUUCUGCGAUCCCUGUGUUCGGCCCGGUGUUUUUCAACAUCCUCAUCUCGCCGUUCGUCACCAGACUUUACUUGGCCAAGUACUUGCGCCUACGUGGCUUCAACAAUAUCCAGCGUGAAGAGCGCUUCUAUGACAACUUUGGCCAGUACGUUGCAUUUGGGCUUGUUGCGACCUGCCUAGAGAUCCCACCAUUUUUAUCCGGUAUCACGUAUGCCACCAACAACAUAGCCGUUGCCUUGUGGGACCCUGAAAAGGAGCCAUCGUUCUUGUCCGCCGAGGACGACGACGACGACGAGACCGACGACGACGACGACGACGACGACGAAGACGACGACGACGACGACGAAGACGACGAAGACGACGACGAUGAUGAGGACGACGAUGAUGAGGACGACGACGACGAAGACGACGAAGACGAUGACGAAGCCGUGUCUGAUUCCUCUUCCAGUAGUGAUGAUUCACCUUCGGAGAAGGAAGAGCUUUCUCCGUGA